AUGGAAAUGAUAGCUGUGGUCAUGAAUCAUCUGAUGGUUGAAAGGCCAAGAAAGCUUCUUAAAACGGCUGCUUUUGAGGAGCCUGAGGAUUCAAGUGAGUAUGACGUAUCAACAGAAGGUUCUCAAGAUAUAAACGAGCCGACAUCGAAGACUCAAUGGGAAGAGCUACAAGAAUUUUAUUUUAAAAUGGGUAUAAAGCGUGCUCUUAAUGCAAGCAUGGAGAGUUUGAUGGAAGAUGAAGAUGCAUGUAAAAUAAAUUUGUCAAAUUUGUAUCGUGAAAGCUCAAGUCAGUUAAGUGUGAAAUCUAAUGAACCGGCAAAAUCCGAUGAUACUGUUGCAGUGAUAGAAAAGCUCCUUAAAAGUUUUGAACAAGAGAACAAUCUUACAGAUUCAACGACAGAUUUAAAAACUGAAGAAACACCGAAUAGUUUGAUUGAAGAAAAAGAAAUUAAUGAAAAAGAAAUGAUUGAAAUUGCAUGUGAAGAAAAUAAAAUUAAUGAAGAUCUAAGUGAAGAAAAUUUUGAAAAGAUUGAUAUUGAAAUUGAUAAUAAGAUCAUUGAAGAAAAUUUGGAAAAGAUUGAUACUGAAAUUGAAAGUAAGAUCAAUGAAUUUGAAACUGAAGUUAUUAAUAUCGAUAAAGAAACAAAGUUAAUCGAAAAUGAAGAAAAUGUAAAUGUUGAUGAUCAAGUUGUCAAGGACAGUAUCAAUGAUGAUAAUUUUCAAAAUGUUCUAAUACCUAAUAGAAUGAAAAUUUAA